UGCUCUGUAAACAUAUUAUUGUUGAUAUCUUUUCUUGGUGUUUGUGGAAGGUUACAUGCAGCCUUGAGUACGUAUCAAGUAGAAACAUCCUUUUCCAUGGGAAGUAGCUCCGAAACUUCCCGAAGUUGUCCUAGUCUUACAAUGAACUUAGUGUGAAAAAUAUACAAUUAUCUUGGACUAUAUACUUAGCAUUUAGUUUUAAUGACGUUCGCUAGCAAUCAAGAAGAUCACACAUUGUAGACACCGAUGAAUUCUUGUUCUCUCGGUGAUGACAAGAACAAGAAGAUCAGAAACAAUGGAGAUUCUAGAGGUCUCAUCGUCGCUAUUUUUAACCAAGACUACAGUCACAGUAAUGAUUGAGUUUUUAGUGGUUUAAGUUUUGAGGUUUGAUGGAGACUCGACGAAUAAAAAUGGAGGUAUGGUUUAGAGUGUGUCAAAGAGGAGAUGAAACAAAUGGCAACUUGUCUUAGUUGUCUAGCGGAAGACCAAGUCAAGACUAGAACUUGUAGCGUGUGUGUGUAUAUAUAUAUAUAUAUCAAAUGAAGUUUUGAUGAGAAAUAAGAAAGGGUGCAAGAACUAGUCCAAAUUCAGGAGUUUGUAGAAGAUUUAACAUCGGUCUUUUUCUUCUCUCAUAAACACUAGAGCUUAUUUCUAAGACAAGCAAAGAACUUGGAGGUUGAAAUAAGAUGGCUAGGAAGAGGAAGAGCUUUGAUGGAGUGGAAGAAAAGAAGAAAUUGGAUGAGUGUGUAGUAAGGGAGACAGCGGCAGCUGCGGCAGUUGCGGCAGUGAGUGGUGGUGUUCGGAGAACUAGGAAGCGGUUUGUAGGGGUACGGCAGCGGCCUUCAGGACGGUGGGUGGCAGAGAUCAAGGACACAAUUCAGAAAAUUCGAGUGUGGCUUGGCACGUUUGACACGGCUGAGGAUGCUGCCCGGGCUUAUGACGAAGCUGCCUGCCUUCUUCGAGGUUCCAAUACUCGCACUAACUUCUGGCCUUGCUCGGCGUCUCAGCCUGCUACGCCAUCAGCUUUGCCAUCGAAGAUUACCAAUCUUCUUCUGCUAAGGCUCAAGGCCAGAAACUCUGCUGCUGCUGCUGCAGCUCCUUGUAAUGGUGUUGCUGCUGCUGUUGCUGACGAUGAUGAUGAUGCAUUGCCUCAAGAUCGACAAGAAUCACAGCAAUUUCUGUUGCAGCAAGAACAGCAAUUGCAACACCAGCAGCAGUUGCAGCAGUUGCAGCAGCAGCAGCAGCAGCAAUAUCUACAACAAGAAUUCUUCGAUGAUGAUGAUGAUGAUGAUGAUAUUAAGUUCACUGAUUUACUGAUGGAACCGAUUAUUUCUGCACUUGCUACUGAUACUAUUACUGAUACUAUAAAUCCAAGUUGCGGAGUUGAAGAGCAAGAUGAUAUCAAAUCAGUGAAGAUGGAGUAUGAUUGGAAGGUGGCAAAAGGUGAUGGAGAGGAUGAUGAAAUAGAAGAAAGAAUUGUCGAUGAUUUAGGAGCCAUGGAUUUCCAGUUUAUCGAUGGACAAGACAGUUCUUCGUGCUUCUAUCCACCAUUUGAGAUAGCAGAGGAGAUUGAAGAACUGAUCGAAGACGAAAGCAGUGGCGAUGAGCCUUCAAUGCUCAGAGCUGCAAUGAAGAGGAUGAAGUAUGAGAGAAAGAUUUCGGCUUCACUUUAUGCACUCAAUGGUAUAUCUGAGUGCUUGAGACUCAGUAGGCAUGAAGAUAACAAGGUAAGCUGGGGAAUCAUGAAACACGACGCUAAUAAUGAAGUUCAUUCUUCAUCAAAUUCUUCGUGUUUAACUUCUUCUUCAUCGAUGACAUCUACAUCAUCGUCUUUGUCAUCGCCAUCGGAUCCGAAUGCGAAGAAUGAAGGUGAAUCAUCACUAUGGAACUCCCUUGAUCUUCCUCCCAUUUGCUUGCUUUCAUAAAUGCAAAGAUUAAUUAAGAUUAGUCUUUGCUGUUCUUUCUGUUCCUCAUCAUAUUAAUGUUAACAAUUUCUAGUAGAUUUCAUGCUAUGGUUAUUGUUCUUGUUCUA